UGCUUCUUGGACCCCCCUGGGAUCAAUAAAGGGAAAAAGACGGAGGAUUCUGUCUGGAGGAGAAGUAUCUCUGGGUGGAGGGCUGGAGUACCCAGCCCUGUUCUCACUUGUCCUCAGGGGAGAGAAUGGAAUGCCAUGAGAGUUGGGAAAGUGUUUCUUGUCAGGGAGAAGGGAAUGACUGGCCGUAUUUCCUCCAUUGAUGAGAAACCUAGGGGACGGUGGCUCUGGCCUUCAGGAAUCUCCAACUUUGUCACUCGAGAGAAGGAGGAGACUUGCUCUGUCUAGUCUCAGAGAUUCACAGGGUGAGAGAAGCAGGAGUUGGAUUUUACUUACUCAGAAAUAAGGAGGAACUUGCUGACAACUGGAGCGCCUCAGUAGUUAAGGAGACAGGUGGCCAUCAACAAUUAAGAAGGAGAUGGUCCCUCCAGAGUCCCAGACUCUGUGGCUCCAUGUUUGGGGUGCAGAGUCCCCUCAAUUGGAGGGCAGCCCUGGGGGGCCCUUGGGGAAAGCUUUACCCCACGAGCCUGCUAAGGGAGGGAUAAGUGCACCAGAUGUGCUAGACAGCUGAGGAGCAGGACCUUACUUGUGGCUGGGACUAAUCUUGUCUAGCUGAGGAAGGGGAUGGAGCCGAGAGAGUGCUAAGAGCUGACAAUAAUAACCUCCAAGACUGCUGCUAGCCUGUUCGAUCAUCUGCAUGAAUUAGAACAAGGUGCUUCCUCUUAACAAGAAGAUGGCACCUUGGUAUCAUUUAGAAAACAGGGACUUCAUCUGGGUGGACAGAGCCAAGGCACAUAGCUGUGCAAACUGGCAUGUGAGCUUGAUUCAUCCUUACCACUCUCCCAGCCAGAUCUUCUUGAGCAAUAUACCACCCAUACAACCAUACACAGCAGCCUGAUAACCAAUUAUUGAAGGCUUAACAUUUGCCAGGCUUUUUUUCCCCCAAAAUCACUUUGCCUAUAUUAACUCAUUUAAUCUUCUCAGUAGCCCAGUGACAUAGGUAUUGGUAUCGCCAUUCUAUAGUUAAGCAAACUAAGUCACAGAGAGGUAUAGUGUUCAGAAGCCUGGAAGUCACUGAGCAUUCACAGAGCAAGAAGCAAGUGAAGUUUCAAAAGCUAGUUUGUUUGGGGCCCCUCCUGAGAAAGAGAUAAGAGUGAUUGCUUUUUUCUUUGUCAGAGGAAGGAAACCCACUAUCAGCUCAGAUGGAGGAAGAUGGAAAACUUACCUGGCAGCUGAAAGAAAGGAAAGAGAGAGGCAGGCCUGGCUCAGAUGUCUUUCCUUUUUAAUCACUGGGCAGUGUGACAUCGCACAUCCAGUCUGGGGCCUGUCCUGAGGGUGAUGAGAAGCUCAAGUCCCUUCAUCCACGUGGCCCACCCCAUGACCUCAGCAGAAUGGAAGCACCUCACCAGUGACAUCACUGUUGCCCAAGGCAACAGACACCUCCACCUUAAGUUAUACUGGGAGGAACAAGAACCACCUAACUGUAAGACACAUGCUGAAGAGAAGAAGCGCUGAAAGUGCUACAUCCACAGGGAAGUUGCCGCCAUGGCCCUGGGGCUCUUCCGGGUGUGCCUAGUGGUGGUGACGGCCAUCAUCAACCACCCGCUGCUGUUCCCGCGAGAGAACGCCACGGUCCCCGAGAACGAGGAGGAGAUCAUCCGCCAGAUGCAGGCGCACCAGGAGAAGCUGCAGCUGGAACAGCUGCGCCUGGAGGAGGAGAUGGCGCGGCUGGCGGCCGACAAGGAGGCCGAGAAGGAGGCACUGGAGCGGGUGGCGGAGGAGGGCCAGCAGCAGAAUGAGAACCGCACCGCCUGGGACCUGUGGAGCACUCUCUGCAUGAUCCUCUUCCUGGUGAUCGAGGUGUGGCGGCAAGACCACCAGGACGCGCCCUCGCCCGAGUGCCUGGGCUCGGAUGAGGACGAGCUGCCCGACCUGCAGGGCGCCCCGCUCCGGGGCCUCACCCUGCCCAACAGGGCCACGCUCGACCACUUCUACGAGCGCUGCAUCCGGGGGGCCACGGCUGACGCCGCCCGCACCCGGGAGUUUGUGGAAGGCUUCGUGGAUGACUUGCUGGAAGCCCUGAGGAGCCUGUGCAGCCGGGACUCGGACAUGGAGGUGGAGGACUUCAUCGGUGUGGACAGCAUGUAUGAGAACUGGCAGGUGAACAAGCCUCUGCUGUGCGACCUCUUCGUGCCCUUCAUGCCCCCGGAGCCCUACCACUUCCACCCAGAGCUCUGGUGCUCCAGCCGCUCCGUGCCUUUGGAUCGUCAGGGCUAUGGCCAGAUCAAGGUGGUCCGGGCCGACGAGGACACGCUGGGCUGUAUCUGCGGCAAGACCAAGCUUGGAGAAGACAUGCUGUGUCUCCUCCAUGGCAGGAACAAUGUGGUGCGCCGCGGCAGCAAGGUGGCAGACCCGCUGUGUGCCCCCGACUCCCCAUACCUGGACACCAUGCGCGUCAUGAAGUGGUUCCAGACCGCCCUCACCAGAGCCUGGCACCGCAUCGCCCACAAGUACGAGUUCGACCUGGCCUUUGGCCAGCUGGACACCCCGGGGUCCCUCAAGAUCAGGUUCCGCUCGGGGAAGUUCAUGCCCUUCAAUCUCAUUCCCGUGAUCCAGUGUGACGACUCUGACCUGUACUUCGUCUCCCACCUUGCCCGGGAGCCCAGCGAGGGGACCCAGGCACCCAGCACCGAUUGGCUCCUGUCCUUCGCUGUCUACGAGCGCCACUUCCUCAGGGUAACUUCGAAGGCGCUGCCCGACGGCGCCUGCCACCUCAGCUGCUUGCAGAUCGCCUCCUUCCUGCUCUCAAAGCAGAGCCGCCUGACCGGUCCCAGCGGGUUGGGCAACUACCACCUGAAGACCGCCCUUCUGCACCUCUUGCUCGCCCGGCGGCCUGCCGAUUGGAAGGCCGAGCAGCUCGACGCUCGUCUCCACGAGCUGCUGUGCUUCCUGGAGAAGAGCCUGCUAGAGAAGAAGCUCCAGCACUUUUUCAUCGGCAACCGCAAGGUGCCAGAGGCCAUGGGGCUCCCUGAGGCCGUGCGCAGGGCGGAGCCUCUCAACCUCUUCCGGCCCUUUGUCCUACAGCGAAGUCUCUACCGGAAGACAGUGGACUCCUUCUAUGAGAUGCUCAAGAAUGCCCCAGCACUCAUUAGCGAGUACUCCCUCCAUAUCACCUCAGACCAUGUCAGCCUGCCCCCCAAAACUGUCAUCUUGUAGAGCAUCCACGACACAGAGGGCCAGGUCACAGGGCAUCCUAUGCGUUUACACCCCUGGGGGCAUCUGCAGGCCCUGUCCUGGGAAGACGGCAGGCUUUAUAGGGUGCCAUGGCUCAGCCUGUCAGGGAAGCCAAACCCUAUAACACAGAGGAAAUGGAAUUCCAAGCCAAAACUGGUUUGCUUUCAUGCCGUUGGGACUUGCCAGUUGAAGCUAUUGUCUGGGUUUAGGGACUGAUCCUCUGCAGGUGACUUUUGGAUCACUCCCAAUGACAAAGAUGAUGAUAGAACUCUGUGGAUGCUGAGUUACGGGACAAUGCAGACGGCACAAACAAAGAUUUGGGUGUGAUUCUUUUUAUAUCCCAGGUCCAAUCUUUACUUGAAUAUCAACAAAGGAUCUACAGGAAUUCUAACAGGAAUCCGAGUUAAGAUCCUGCACCCUGAGUUUCCAGUAACCCUUGGCCGCAGGCAUCUGCAGCCAAACAAUGGGCAUCAAUAUGGGAAUUUGCAGCGUUCCAUCCAUAGCCCACACUAUAGGGAUCCCCACUGUGGCUGCCAUUUUUAUACUGUUUGGAGAAAAGACUUGGAGAGAUUUGUAGCCCGAGUGGCUAACGUCUCUUGUACAGAAGUGGGUAUCUGGCAGAGAGAAGUUGAAGUUGGCCGUUGUUUCAGCUCCACAUCUCACUCAAGGUGCACCCGUUUCUCUCUGCCCCUUCCCCUUGGAUGCUGCAUUUUGAACCCUGUGUGGGCCACACACCAUGUGCGUACAAGCUCAGUGGCUCCUCACCCUCAUUUGUCUCCACAGCUGGUCUCUCCAGCCACCAAUAUGUUGGGAGGUGGAGGCACUGAAGGUAGAAGAUGAGAGAGAAAGAAGGGCACUCACAGGAUGCCUGGGGUGAAGGACAGAGCCUGGUACCUGGGGUGCUGGGGUCUGGCCUGAAGUCUGGCUUUCAGAGAAGAUGCCCAGUUCAGAGAAGAUCAUAGAGAUGAGGGAUUCCAUAGCCCUGGGUUUCCCUCAGGGUUCCAAUCUUAGAGCAAAGGGUGCCCAGAAGCAAGAUCUGUUGUGGAAGCCCAGCUCCACAUGCAGGCCCCACAUUCCCUUGGUUGGUCAUUCCAGUGGGGUUCCCUCAGUGCACAGAACCCCCCUUUCUGGAUGGGCUUUGCUGGCCGCACAGAUGACCAACACCCGAAGAGCCUGACAGAGGCUUGCUUGACUGGGACACACGAAGACAGACUAUAGACACAGCCCACAGGCCUCAGAGAGGGCACCUUGGCACUACUGGGCUGCGGUCCCUGGGCAGGCACUAGAGCCUGCGGUCAGAGUUGGCCUCCAUCUUCAGGCCUGGCUCAUGGGGGCUUGAAGCCGCUCCCUCCUCUGUUUGUGGCUUUGCUAGCCCUCUGGGAGCUCUUCUCUUGGCAUCGCUUCAGUCACCCUGCAGAGGGCCAAGCAGAAAGCAAGGAUGAAUGUUCCUUCCCCAGCACUCUGUCUCCAGGGCUGAAGCUGCCCAUACCUCCCAGACUCAUGCCUGAUUCCUUGGGGGUGUCAGGCUUACCAUGAAUGAAGAAAAGAUCCUCUCUCUGCCCCAGGAGUGCUCUCACCUAGCCUUGGAAAUUUCCAGAAGAUGGACAGUUUGCCUGACAGGGUUAAUUCGCAGUGGUUGGCUCAGCUGUGAUGAGGCAUUAUAGACUGUAGGAAGCUUUCCACGUGAGCUGGGGUCAGACUGAGCAGCGCCUGGGCUUGCCCCUCACCAGGCCCACAUGGUCUCCAGCAAUAACCCUAAGCACCCAUUCUGUGGGGAUUCAUUUCCAGAGUUGGGGUGAAUUUCCUUAUUUAUUGUCACCCAUGCCUUUACUUUCCAAUCUUCAUCCUCAUCUGAUGUACUUUGAAGAGACCCCAGUGACCAAGAACCAAUCUCCUUAAGCCAAGAUCAAGCUUCAGUCUCCCCCAGCUUCUCCUUUGCUUCCAGGAGAAAAUCCACUGAAAAAUUACCUCCUGGCCUCUUGUUUAUACAGAGACAACAACUGAGCGGGGAAAUGGGGAUCUUUUAUGCACCAGAGCUGCUUCUGAAGCAGGAAGCAGCAGGACUCUUGGUGUUUCAUGCUGCCUUAUUUAUAUUAAAGGAAGAAUUAAAUUCUUGCAAGGAGUAGAAACUGGUAA